GGGUCGCAUCUGUCAAUUUUUCGCGUCUAGUUCAACCUCUAGUGUUGUAGUGGUUUAGUUUACAGUGACAAUUACCGAAACGUAAAAUCAAAAAUAUAACAAAACAAAAGUGAUAAAAUUUCGUGCGCGUGUUUAUAAACCAUAAAACAAUAAAAAUCAUAAACAUUAGCCGGUUACCGCUGAUAGUGCAAAAAAGAUAUGCGUGAAUAUGUAUAAUUCCGUCGUGAUGCGAUAACGACAUUUAAAGGCAGUGCAUAAACAAAGAUUAAUUAUUGUUGGUAAAUUAUUUUAUUGUUGAAAGACUGUACUGCCUUUAAAAAGCCAAAUUUCGCACCGAUGUAUAUCUAAAAUAGCAUCUCUUAAAUCGGUAGAAUCCAAACCUCAUGCCCUAAAAGUAAAAAUGAAAGAGGGUUGACACGAGUGAAAACUGUAAAUUUGAGAAAAAAUGAAGUCGUUCGAAUGCGAAUCAUCUUCUGAAGGCGAUGAACCUACCAUCCACCCCAUCUCACGGACAAUAGCUCAGCCGCCGCAGUGGCUGCGAGGGAAUUCUGUCCCCGGCUGGGGGUGGCAAGCCAAUUGUGGCUCGUCAACAACUGGUGGUCCAAGUUCCUCGUCUGGCGCCUUAGAUCAAACGAAUUUCGCUCCCUUUACCUCAAGCUCGACAGAGGAGGGUCAAAUUCCCGGCAGGCGAACCCCUUUGGGUGCUGUGGGAUUAGGUGGUUUCUACUUCCAAGGCUGUCAACCCAACAUUGCUAGCCAUGGGCCUCCGUCCGACGAGAACAAUCCGGAUCCCACCGACAACAAUCAGACCAACAGACCGCAGCAUUCCCGAGCUUCGCAGAAUUCCCAAAACGCCAAUCCCUCCAAAGGCAAGAACAGGCAGGGAAAAUCCGUCCGACUUAACAUCAACGCCAGGGAAAGGAGAAGGAUGCACGACUUGAACGACGCUUUGGAUGAACUAAGGGCUGUGAUUCCUUACGCUCACUCGCCAUCAGUUAGGAAGUUGUCCAAAAUUGCUACUUUGCUGCUUGCCAAAAACUACAUUCUUAUGCAAGCGAACGCGCUGGAGGAGAUGAAGAGGCUGAUAGCGUAUCUACAGGGGACUGGUGGGGGCGCUGCCAUCGUCGCUCCACCAGGAUUUGAUCUUCAAGGGUUUCCAGCAGCUGCCAAGUUCUUGCAGCAGCAGCAAGCUUUGCAGGCCGAAAAUGCGAGGAACAGUGAAGGGGGGAACAAUGGAAAUUCGGGUUCAACAAUGUGAAGGUUGCUCAAGAGUUACUGUUUGUAGGUUAUGGCGGUAUUUUUGCUUUUAUGACUUCAUUUUUUGACGAUAACGAGUUUGGUGUUUUAAAAUUGUGGAUUGUGACUGCAGUAAUUGUUAAAUUAUAUUCAAAUUAUGUAACAAAUAUAAUAUAGAAGGUUAAAUCACAUUAUUUACAGAAGAUGGAAGAGGUUAGAAUUGUUCUGUGAAUUUGGAGUAGAUAGAAUACGUCGAAAAUUCGUAUCAUGUUGCAUUCAAAAAAAGUAACACGGCACGAUUUUUUGGAAGCGGUAUAUUUCAUUUGGUAUUUAAUAUGUUGUGACACCAAGUAGAAAAAGAAACAUUAUGUAGAAAAGCACAUUCCUGCACAAAUACAAAAAAAGAUCAAAACUGCAUCUAUGUACGAUAACAAUAAGUUCAUUUAUAUUUCUUUUAAGUCUUAAAAGUUGAACAUGCUCAGAAACCUGCCAUUUCGAAAACCAAAGUUAUUAGUAAUGAAAUAAUCAAUGUAAACACAGAAAAAAUAACAAGUAUUAUAUAACAUUAUUGCUUUCUGAAAAUCACAACUUUUAUAGUGAACAUUCUUAAAGUCACUCUGUUUAGUUCUUGUGGUGUUUAAUAACAAUAAUAAUACUCUACUCACUAUAUUUGUUAUUUUCGCUGUGUGAGUUCCUUCAAUUUUUUUAAAUAUGGUUCGAAAAUGCCACAAGCACAAUAUUCCAUAAUUUUUUACGUUGUUUUGAAGGCCUAAUUGAUAAACUUUGCCCGUAUUCUUUAAUUUAACAUGAAUACAUCAGUUGGGUCACACUUUUUCUAAAUUUGCUACAAAGCUUUAAGCUCUCGUGUUUUAUAAAUUUUUGCUGUGGGUUUUUAUAACUUUACUGAUGAAGAAGGUACGCAGAUUUUUUCUAAAUACUGAAAAAGUUAAAUUAACUGAAAACAGAAUAUAUGGUAGAAGAUUAUAACUAGUUUUAGUAUUUAUAAAUAGUGUGUGAUAAUUUCUAGUCACAAUCAGUUUAAACAAUUUAGGCUGUAGAUAAUGGAAAUAAAGCAAUAUUAAAAUAAGUAUAAAUUGACUUCAGCAAUAAUACCGAUGAUAUACUAUUAUAUAAUAAGAUAUUUUAACAAUCAAAUUGUUGUUACAGCAUUCAUUGCUAAAUGUCCAAACUUGUAACAGUCUAGUCAAUUGUAAAAUUAGUAACGUGUGAUGUAUUAUACUGAAAUGAAUUAGUUAGCUACAUUUGUAAAAGCAAUAGGAAAAUAAAGUCUAUGUCAAAAAUA